AUGCUUUCAUCGACUGUUUUCGCUACUGUUCUACCGGGGAAUAAAGCUAACUCUUCCCCGCAUAGGCGCAUCGCCGUGAGCGUUAUCAAGCCCGACCAGUCGGACGCCGACAUCAUCUCGCUCGAUGUGGCCGGCGACAUGACCCUGGAGAUCCUCAAGGCCGUCAUCGAGAGCGACUCCAACAUCCCUCCCUCCGCACAGAGUCUCGUGUUCAACAACCAGCUGCUAGGAAACGAUGCCCAGACGCUGCAGCAGGUCGGCGUCGGUGAUGGAGACAUGCUGAUAGUCCACGUUGGAGCCCCCGGAGCUGCGCAGCGUCAAGCAAACACUCGUACAGCGUUCGGUGGACCCUCCUCGUCAGGCCAGCAGCAAGCUAUGCAGCGUAUACGGCCCCCGCCGCAACAGCCCGGGCCCAUGUUCGAUACCGAAACAGUGCGGUUGAACUUGCUUGGCAACCCCGAUGCGAUGGAGGCUGUUCGCCAGCAAAACCCAGAACUUGCGGCUGCGGCGGAAGACUCUCAGCGAUUUCAGGCGGUGUUUCUUGCUCAGAGGCGACGCGAACAAGAGUUGGAGAGGGAGAAAGCAGCCAAGAUCGCUGCUCUGAACGCGGAUCCGUUUAACGUCGAUGCACAGCGAGAGAUCGAGGAGAUUAUUCGGCAGCAGGCUGUCACAGAAAACUUGCACACUGCCAUGGAGCACAACCCUGAAUCCUUUGGCCGUGUGACCAUGCUCUACAUUCCCGUCGAAGUCAACGGUCAACCCAUCAAAGCGUUUGUCGACUCCGGCGCCCAAGUGACAAUCAUGUCUCCCGAAUGCGCUGCCGCUUGCAAUAUCAUGCGUCUGGUAGACCAACGGUACGGAGGCAUCGCCAAGGGUGUCGGAACGGCCAAAAUCAUCGGACGCGUGCAUUCCGCGCAACUCAAGAUCGGAUCCAUGUUCUUGCCCUGCUCGUUCACCGUGAUGGAGGGGAAACACAUCGACCUGCUUCUCGGACUCGACAUGCUGAGACGCCACCAAGCCUGCAUCGAUCUCAAGCGAGGCGCACUAGUCAUCCAAGACCAAGCCGUUCCUUUUCUCGGCGAAGCCGAAAUCCCGAAACAGUUCCAAGACGAAUUCGAAGACGAGCCCAUCAUCAAGGGAUCCGACGGCGCCCAGAUUGGCGCUCGCUCUGGCGCCGUCACCCACCAGGCCGAGAAACCCUCGGGGGGACCUGCACAUCGUGCACCUCCACCACAGCAAGGCCAAGGCCGAACAUUGGGGGCAUCGUCAAACACAGAAUCGCCUCGAUGGCCGCCUGAAUCCGUGGCGAAGAUUACAGAAAUGGGAUUUUCGCAUGAAAACGCAAUCCGCGGGCUCAAUGCUUGUGACGGCGACGUUGAUAGAGCGAUCGAUUUACUGCUAGUUGGAAGCUGA